UCAGUCCGCUUGGAUCCGUAGAGCCCUUUUUUUUCCUUUUUCUGACUUCAAGAAACAGAAAGACAAAAUAGCCUGCUGCCUGAGUUUCUCACAGGGACCGGAGACGUUUGGAUAUAAUAGUUGAAGAGAAGAGAAUCAUGAUGUUUGGGAAAGUGAAGACGUGUCACUCUGCUGCUGCGGACCCCAGACCAGCUGAGUGUAACCUGGUGCUGCUCGGGGUGAUGGGCUGCGGGAAAUCAGCACUGACCGUGAAGUUCCUCACAAAGCGCUUCAUCGGUGAAUAUGACCCCUAUCUAGAGGACAUCUAUUCAUCAGAAGAGAAGGUGGACCAGCAGCCAGUCACAGUGAGGGUGAUGGACACCUGCGACCAGGAGGGUCCAAUGAACAGUGAGCGUUAUCUGUCAUGGGCCAGUGCCUUCCUGGUGGUCUACAGUGUGGACAGCAUGCAGAGCUUUGCAGGCUGCCAGCCGUACCUGCAGACCCUCGCCUUGCACAACAAAACUCCCAUCAUCCUGCUGGGGAACAAGCUGGACAUGGACAGAUACAGGCUGGUGAGUCGCAGUGAGGGGGAGCGGCUCGCCUCUCGUUUCCACGCGACGUUCUUCGAGCUGUCGGCCUGUCAGGACUUCCUCUCUGUGCAGCACGUCUUCUAUGAAGUGGUGAGGAGGGUGAGGAGGAUGAGGCGCGGCCCCCUGGUGCCAGCCGUCUACCUGAGCGAGGACAGAGCACUGCUGGGUGUCCCCUCCUUCACUACCCCCUGCUACCAGGAACUGCCGGCCCCUGCCAGCGCCCGGCUGCUCACUGUGAAGAGUUCCAGAGCUCAGAGCAAACGCAGGGCCGCCACGCUCACCCUGCUCAAAGGUUUCAAGAUCUUCUGACCCCCCCCCCCCCCAGCAGUGAGGGUUCUGACCCUCUCUCUGAAUGAUGUGAACUCAGUUCCUGAGUCAGGUGUUAUCUUUUGUUUUAGCUCUAUAAUAUGAUAAAUGGUAAAUCUGCUGCAUUUAUACAGGGCUUUUCUUUGUGAUCCAUCAGUGCUUUGACAUAAACACGGCAUUCAUCUAUUUACACACAGU